GUCUGUAACGUUAAAGAUGGAGUGUGGAGGGGGAGCGACACCCCCGCCCCCAACCCAAAAUAUUUAAAUCGAAAAUAUUUAAACGGAUAUAUAGCUGGCUAGCUGACGACCAAGUUUGUUACAUGACAAUACUGAAUAACAUUACGCCCGAAAUAAUUGAUGAACGAUAUUCGGGAGCGUGCUUGGUAGCUAGCAAGGUAGCUACAGAUUGCUGUUGUCUGUAAGUGAUAAUGCGUGUGAACGUGUUGGGCGAACCAAAAUUUUUUUUUAGCUAGCAAGAGACAUAUCCCGUAUCUGUAGGCCCGAGGAUGUAGCUAGCCUGCUAACACAAUCCGACAUUGCAAUCAAUGCUGUGGCACAGACUGGGGUUCCAGCGGCGGAUGCGAACUCUUUUCAAACAGUUAAUUUAAUCUUUGUGAUUGUGGCACAUUCCCGAUUGCAAAUGCGUUUGAUGUGUAGUUUGUAGUUUGGAGACGCCGCAUCAGAAGCGAAGACCGUGCGUUACUUAUUUUUCCGUCUGCCGUCGCCCCCCGGCCCGUGCCAGUGGAGCGCUCCUACCGGGCAGAUAGACUGGCAUACGGCGGGCACGGCCAGCCUUGCCACCGCGAUCUCUUUUCAGUCUUCCCGUGGGCUGCCCGGCUAAACGCGACUCGGGAAGGACACAUUAGACGCUCUUAUUACUCUCAAGACAGUGUGGUGCCAGGCGUAGCGCCAUGGCUCAGACGCUGCAGAUGGCCAUCCCAAACUUCGGCAACAGCGUCCUGGAGUGCCUGAACGAGCAGCGGCUGCAGGGGCUGUACUGCGACGUGUCGGUGGUGGUGAAGGGCCACGCCUUCAAGGCGCACCGCGCCGUGCUGGCCGCCAGCAGCUCCUACUUCCGGGACCUCUUCAACUCGGGCAGCAAGAGCUCGGUGGUGGAGCUGCCCCCGGCCGUGCAGCCGCAGAGCUUCCAGCAGAUCCUGUCCUUCUGCUACACGGGCCGCCUCAGCAUGAACGUGGGCGACCAGUUCCUGCUCAUGUACACGGCCGGCUUCCUGCAGAUCCAGCAGAUCAUGGAGAAGGGCACCGAGUUCUUCCUCAAGGUCAGCUCCCCGAGCUGCGACUCGCAGGGGCUGCACGCCGAGGAGACCCCGCCCUCCGAGCCCCAGAGCCCCGUCACGCAGACGUCGGCGGCGGGCGGCGCGGGAGCGGCCGGGGGCACCGGCGGGGGCGUGGCCGCCACGGGGGCCGGUCGCCCCGCCUCCUGCCUCACUCCGCUCCCCCUGGUGUCCCGUGUCAAGAUGGAGCAGCAGGAGGGGUCGUCCUACUCGGUGGUGUGCACCCCUGUGGCGAAGAGACUGUGGGAGGGGGGCAGCCGGGAGGGGGGCGGUGGCUCGAGCGGGGGAGGCGGGGGGGGCAUGAGGAAGGCCGCCCGCUUCUCCCAGGAGACGGCGAGGGGCAGCACCAUUCAGUCUCAGAGCGGGGCGGGGGCCGUCGGCAGCCUUGGUGGGGGGGGCACCAACGGGAACAGCAACAACGCAUCGGAGAGCACAAGCCCUGGCAACCUGAGCGCCUACACCAGCGACUCUCCGAACUCCUUCCACGACGAUGACGAGGAGGAGGAAGUCACAGACGAAGGAACUGAGGAGCAGUACCGGCAGAUCUGCAACAUGUACACCAUGUACAGCAUGCUCAACGUGGGGGCUGCAGCGGCCGGGGAGCGGGUGGACGCCCUGCCUGAUCACCUGACCUCGGACUCCCGGGGAAGGAUGCGCGUACGGCAGGAACUGGCCUCGCUGCCUGCUGAGCUCAUCACCCAGAUCGGCAACCGCUGCCACCCCAAACUGUACGAGGAGGGAGACCCCGCCGAGAAGCUGGAGCUGGUCUCAGGGACCAGCGUCUUCAUCACCCGAGCCCAGCUGAUGAACUGUCACGUCAGCGCCGGGACUCGACACAAAGUACUACUGAGGAGACUGUUGGCGUCCUUCUUUGACCGGAACACUCUGGCUAACAGCUGCGGGACAGGUAUCCGUUCCUCCACUAACGACCCCAGCCGCAAGCCGCUGGACAGCCGAGUGCUACACGCUGUCAAGUUUUACUGCCAGAACUUCGCCACGAGCUUCAAGGAGAGCGAGAUGAACGCCAUCGCAGCCGACAUGUGCACCAACGCGCGGCGCGUGGUGCGCAAGAGCUGGAUCCCCAAGCUGAAGCUGCUGAUGGCGGAGGGCGACGCCUACUCCAGCUUCCUGCCCGACACCGUCAAGAUGGAGGCGGACGGCAUGGCCGCAGAGCACGGGUUCGAGACCGGGGGCUUGGACGCGGGGGCGUCAGCGGAGGCGGGCGCCUCCAACGAGUCCCUGCAGGGGGUGGGCGGAGACAGCAGCACUUUGUUUUAGUAAGUGACAACC